AUGGAAGGUGCUGAAAACUACCAGUUUGCUUAUGAAACUUCUUCGGACAAUCUGAUUACAAGAUUUCAGAAAAAUGAAUAUGAGGCAAAUUUGAAGAGAGCAAAGAGACGAGUAUCUUUCUCAUCUGAUCCACCACAAACAUAUUUCACGGAUUAUGGAACUAACAAGAACGAGUUCGAGCCGAAUAGUUCCUCCUUCAACUUCAAAUCGAAACAAUGA